AUGGCUGUCAAUGCAGAGCAAGAUCACUCUCCUCGACAGUACCAACACCUAGAAGAGGACCACAUCCUCUCCAAUCAUGUCAAGAAUGAUGUGGGAAAAGACACUUCUACUGAAACAGCGGAGGAUGUCUUUCCCACUGAUCAUCAGAGCAAACAAAGGGUCGCAGUUGUGAUGACAUCCCUGAGUUUAUGUGUUUUCCUAGCAGCGCUAGACAUUACCAUUGUCUCAACGGCCCUUCCAGAGAUGGUCGCCCAUUUCAAAGCUUCCGACAGCGCCUACACCUGGAUCGCCUCGUCGUAUCUGCUAGCCAAUGCCUCUUGUGUGCCGCUGUGGGGUCGUAUCAGCGAUAUCUGGGGCCGCAAACCGAUCCUUAUGACAGUUGUCGCACUGUUCCUGGGCGGCAGUCUGAUCUGUGGCGUCGCAAUCAAUGUCAAUAUGGUCAUCGCGGGCCGCGCUAUCCAAGGCGUUGGCAGCGGCGGCAUCACCGUGCUAGCUAAUAUCUGUGUGUCGGAUAUGUUCAACGUGCGUCGCCGAUCGGCGUAUCUAGGGAUUUUCGGCGCAACCUGGGCGAUUGCUGGUGCCAUCGGACCCAUCAUCGGUGGCGCCUUCACAACCUACUCGACCUGGCGAUGGUGCUUUUAUAUCAACCUACCUAUCGGCGGCCUCGCCUUCUUUGGCCUUCUCUUCUUCCUCAAACUACACACUGCGUCUCUCACCCCUCUCAAAGCCGGCCUCCUCUCCCUCGACUGGAUCGGCCUCGGCCUUAUCGUCGGCGCGACACUCAUGCUCCUCUUCGGCCUCGAACUAGGCGGCUCACUCUAUCCAUGGUCUUCCCCAACGAUCAUCUGUCUCCUUAUCUUCGGGGUCCUCACUGCGGGCCUCUUCCUCAUAUACGAAGCCCGAGUCGCGCAGAUCCCUAUUAUCCCCACAACGCUCUUCUCCAACCGCUACAACCUCACCAUCCUACUGAUCAACUUCUGCCACUCCACCGUCUUCCUGGGCUCCUGCUUCUACCUUCCCGUCUAUUUCCAGAACAUCCUCCUCGCCAGCUCUCUACUAAGCGGCGUCUACCUCCUCCCACUAGUAGGAGCCCUCGCCAUCUCAUCCGGCCUGGCCGGCUUCGUCAUGCGCACCACCGGCCGCUCCCGCGAAGCCAUCAUCCUAGGCAUGUUCCUCGCCACCCUGGGCUAUGGCCUAUUCAUCGACCUUCCCGCCACUAAGUCCUGGCCGCGCAUUAUUCUCUUUCAGAUUGUCGCUGGUCUCGGCAUAGGUCCUAACUUCCAGGCUACAUUGAUCGCCCUACAGGCCAACACCACGCCUGCCGAGCUGAGUCGCGGCACUGGAACAUUUUCGUUCGUGCGCCAGCUGGCUGCCGCGAUAUCUGUCGUUGUGGGGUCAGUAUUAUAUGCGCGCGCUGUAAGCGGGCAACGCGGAGAGAUGGCCGCGGUGCUGGGGGAGACGGUUGCCCAGGAGAUCGUGGAAGCGUCGACGGCUGCUGCUGCGAUUGUGGAGACGUUGCCUGUUGGCGAGGAUCGGACGGUAGUGUUUCAUGCGUUGACGGCUGCGUUGCGAUGGGUGUGGGUGUUUUAUACUGCUGUUGCGGGGGUGGGGUUUAUUCUUAGUCUGACUUUGCGCGAUAUUCGGUUGGGCGAUGCGCAUCAAAGGGCUACUGGUCAGGAUAUUGAAGAACGAGAGAUGGAGAGAGGAUAUACAUAG